UUCAGUUUUAUUAUUAAAAUUUUAUGUAACUUUUGUUAUUACACGUUCGAUUUUCCUUCAAAAAAAAAAAAAAGAAAAGCCGAACAGUUGCUAUUUUGUAGAAACGCAAUGUCUAAUCCACCAUCGCGAGGUGUAAUUAAAAUGAUAUUUACCAAUUUUAUAAACUCGCUAAAGCCUCGUCAAUAUAAAGGGAACUUUGUGGGCGAGGAUUAUUUCGGAAACAAGUACUACGAAAUACCGGCGAACGCCUCGCUUGGCCAGCGCAGAAACCAACGGUGGUUCGAGCCGACCACAAAGGAAACUUAUGACCAAGAAAUUACCGCUGAAUGGGAAGCUUGGCUACGUGGUCGAAGAAAGCUACCACCGACACCGGAAGAGUUGGCACAAAAUCUGGCAAUUAUGAAGAUGAAGGAACGUAACGCAGCAGAACUGGACCAGAAAUAUGGCAAGCCGAAGGACGUGCAAGAGUUGGAAAAGGGAAGAACCGGAAUGGGGUCAUUUCCUGAGUACGAAGAAUAUGAGGUCAUGCCCGGGAAAGGCAAAAGGGAGAAAUAAAUUAAUAGUAAAAGCACGUUUGAGCUUCUCAAUAAUAAUGUUAUUUAUUUGCGUGUUUUAUGCAAGAAGCGUAAAUGUAUUAUAUGUACAAUUAAAUUAGUAAGCUAGAAUUAAAUUAUGAUUCGAA